AUGAAUCCCGCACUCCCAGGAACACUCCUGGCACUCGCCGCCGCCGUCCUCCUCGCCCUUGCGACGGUGACUGUGCCGGUGACCACCUCUCUCUACUUUCUCGAAGUCACAGCCAGCACCCGCUCCACUGCAGAGACGUUGCGCUUCGGCACACUGGGGUACUGUGUUAACAGCACGUGCUCCUCGGCUAGCGUGGGGUACAAUGUAACCGAUGCUGCUGAUCUGCUAGGAGUAUCGGGAUCUGCCUCUUUCCUCAAGUCACUCGCUACAGAUGCCGUUCGCGACCUUACCUAUGUCCUCAUCCUCCACCCGAUAGCAUGUGGGCUUGCUGCACUCGCCUUCCUCCUGGGAGUACUGCAGCACUGUGCUUUUGGAAUGGGUUGUCUGGCCACCUUUGUUGCGGGAUUGGCAACGACGGUGUCGCUGGCAUCCUUUGCCAUUGAUUUGGCCCUGUUUACAAUCCUGAAGAAGAGGGUGGAGUCGGCGGGGGGUACUGCCUCCUAUGGCCAAGCUAGCUCGAGCGGUGGCCGAAGCAGAGGACGAGGCAAAAAGGACAAUGACGACUACCAUACUCCCCACCCAGACCCAAAUGCAUAUGGUCAGCGGAUGAGAAUGGAUGCUCUCGAGGCAGAACAGAAUAGAAAGGGUGCAGGCACGGGACAUCUCCCUCAAUUUGCCGAGUACGAGCACGUGGUGCCCCUCAAGGACGAUUAUGAAUAUCGCGAUUAUGCAGAUGAUGGGCGGGGCUAUGGCGACUAUGGACAAGCGGGAGUAGGGAGAACAUUUGGACAAUCACAAGGGGCGUAUGGCUCUGGAGGUUAUCAUGGCUCAGGUGGGGCGGGGUACGUCAACGGCGUUGGACCAGCCUACGGCGGAGGCUCGGGCGCUGCUGCUCCAGGCGCAGCUGCUGCGGGCUUGGCGGCGGCAAGUGCCUACCAUAGUGCUGCCCCUCGAGAUGAUACGGGACGGACAGAGUACACCGACGACCCCUACGGCCGGUCUCACCGCGGUGACGAGUUCACCACGGAGGUAGCCGGGCAGGCCUAUGGCGGCGAGGAGGAGUUCUACCCGUACCCGAACCCUCAUCAAGCGGACCCUUCUCAACCUACAAGCGGCUAUGCCCACCCCCACGCAGGCUCUGGCUCUGGAGGACAGACGGUCGGCUACUAUGCCGACGAGGCCUCACCACAGACACAGCACAGUAAUGCCUACCAGUACCCCACUGCACACGACAGUGGCAAUCAGGGCUACGGCCAAUACGCCGAUCCUGCCCCUGUUGCGCAACCAGAACGCAGUCGCUCCUUAGCCCAGAGUGUCACAUCGGGCUAUGCCGUUGGCGGACCUUCGACGAUGGCCAUGCCUGUCCCCCUGCCCGCGCAGGGGAGACAUAGCGCUGCGCAGCGACUGGCGAUGAGCUCGACCAAUGAUACGGGCUAUCAGUCGAGGGGACAGCAAAGGAGCGAUGUGUACACUGACGCGAGCGAGACUGGCGGGGCGGUAGAUCCCUACGGGGGAGGGGGAGGGGGAGGGCAGGCGUCGACGUAUGCUCCUCAGCAGGCUUCGUCUUCGACGGGACGUGGCGAUGCGUACUACGACUCGCAAUAUCAGCAGCAGCAUCCACAGCAUCCCCAGCAACACCAGCAGCAGCAGGACGACGCGUAUGAAGACUACCAGUACCACAAUCCUGCCAAUACUAGCAGCAGUACUGCUGCAGCUCAAGUCGCUCCGAACUCAAAUGCCUACUCAUAUCAGGAGGGGCAGUAUCACCAGCAGGAGCAGGAGCAGCAGCCCGAAGUCCCCUCCUAUGAAGCAGCCACGGCAAUCUCUUCCGCUAGCCCUGUAGCCGGAGCGGCCCCUGGCGCAGCUGGAGGUGGUGGGGGUGGGAGUGGAGGGAUGGGGAGGAGAGGACCUUUGCCUGUUCCUGGUGGGGCGAGUGCGAGUGGAGGAUACCCGAAUGAAAAGACUCCGAGGUGA